AUGGUAGGUCAUGUUGAUACUGCUCCUGCUGUUGCUCCAACCACCCAAGCUCCUACUGGUGGUUAUUCAAGGAAGCUACCUCUAUGCAACAAGUGUAACUUUCAUCAUCAUGGACCCUGUCGUGAGGUGAUUUGCAACAGAUGUGGAAGGAAAGGACACACAGCUCGAUACUGUAAGACACCAUCCCAACCAACCAACCAAGCUCCAAGAGCGGGCGCUAGUCAAGCUUGUUAUGGAUGUGGAGAAGUUGGACACUUCAGCAGAAACUGCCCCAAGGAAACAGUUGGUGGAAAUACAAGGAGAGUUCUGGCGAUGGGCCAGGAGGAAGCAGUCGCUGAUCCUACGGUUGUUACGGGGAGAGAAUACAAGCUGAAGAGAAUUGUUAUCAAGAUUUAG